CGUCUGGCCCGAACGACUAGCAAGGGGUGUGUCAGCUAGGUGGUCUACCCACGUACGUGGAGUAGAGUAUACAGGAACACAAUGUCAGCCCAAAGGGAAGGAAGGAGGCUUAGAAGAAUCAAAUGGUGGAAUGGACAAAAAAAGCAGUUGGUGAAAUCUGAAACUCCGACUGAGGAAGGCAGUACGCUUCCAGUGACGUCUGUACGGAAACACAGGAGUACAACAAUUGCAGUGAAACAAACAACUGGCUCAGGUCGUGGCUUCCGGUCCCAAAUUACAGGAUCUGAUUUUGUAUCUGAUACCGAUAUUACCAGGAAUGAUGCUGCUCACAUGAUACACACGCCAUCUGCACCACUUCCGAAAGUAUAUCAUAGUUCAAGUGAUGAAGACGACGUUACAGAACCAACAGUGGACACCCCAUCAACUGAUAUUACGGACACUCCUACUGAUGAUGUCAUUAAGACUCAGAGUAAACAAAAACGUCGCUACCUUUUAUUCUUAGGCAACAUUUCCAUGGACGCCACACAAGAAGAUAUUCAGACGCAUUUCAAGAAAAAGGGUGUGGUUUUCAAAGAGCUACGACUGCUCACGUACAAAGACACGGGCAAGUCACGAGGGUGUGCUUUUGCAGAGUUUGAAAAUGAUCGUUUGAUGAAAAAUGCUCUCAAGUUUCAUCGCAGUAAACUGAAGGGAAAGGCAAUAAACAUCGAGGUGACGUGUGGGGGCGGGGGAAAAGGAGCAGACAGAAGAGCCAAAAUUGAACAUAAGAACAGGAAACAAAGAGUAGCUAGAGCCAAAAAAAUCUAACACUGAUUGAAAAAAACUCUACCCUGGAAUUUAUUGAAUAGUAAGUUAUUCAUUUUUUGGCAUGUUCGUUUGUGUGUGUGUGGAUUCACUCUGUGGGGAAGUUAUGUUUAUUUCUUGCUAAA